UUUCACCAUGUGACGUCAUUUCCACCUGCUCCAUUAGCCGCCGUUUCCUUUGUUAGGACAAGUACAAAAACUUGGGCACGCAUUUCAAGCUACACUCUGCUGCACGUGUUGUUUGAGAUCUCUGCAGAAGUCCCGUAAGCCGCGAGCGACAUGGAUGCUAAUAACAGCAACGCUAAGCGUAAGAACAGCGUCGGAGACGGUAAAUAUCUGCCGGAGUUACUGGCGGAAAAAGACAGCCUGGACUCCUCAUUCACGCACGCCAUGAAGCUCCUCUCUGCAGAGAUUGAAAGGGUCCAGAAAGGUGAGCCUAAAAAAGAGUCUGAGACGUAUCUGGAUCUGUUAACCGCCAAGAACGUGAGGGUGAAAGAGAGAGUGCUCAUUCCUGUGAAGCAAUACCCUCGGUUCAAUUUUGUGGGAAAGAUUCUGGGGCCGCAGGGCAGCACCAUCAAACGUCUGCAGGAGGACACCGGCGCGAAGAUCUCAGUGCUGGGCAAAGGAUCCAUGAGAGAUAAGAACAAGGAAGAGGAGCUGAGGAAGGGUGGAGAUCCGAAGUAUGCACACUUGGCCAUGGAGCUGCAUGUGCACAUCGAGGUUUUUGCUCCAAUUCCUGAUUGUUAUCUGCGUAUGGCUCAUGCCAUGGAUGAGGUCAAGAAGUUCCUAAUGCCUGUGGAAGGGUUUGAGGAGAUGCACCCGGAUGCAUUCAUGGAUCCAGGGUUUCUGAACGGCUCUCAGGAUAUUCAUGGCCCUGGCAGAGGUCUCCCUCCUGGCCGAGGCCGUGGUGGCCCACCACCCCCAAUGGGACCUAGGGGUCGUGGUAUGCCGCCUCGUGGAGCACCACGUGGAGGAGCACCAAGAGGAGGUCCAGGGCGUGGAGCUGCAGCGAGGGGAGCCCCCGCUGGAAGAGGUGGCCCUCCAUCCCAAACACCAGCCAGAGGAGGCACAGCCGCUCGCUCAAGACCACCAGCCUCGACUCAGAGGAUGACACCAGCAUCCGCUCUCUCCCACCAACAGCACCCAGCCAAACCUGAAACCUAUGGUGAAUAUGCAUAUGAAGAACCAUACGCAGAGCCUUCCUAUGAAGGGUAUGAGAGCUACUACAGUCAGCCUGCUCCACAGCAAGACACAGAGUAUUAUGAUUACGGUCACGGAGAGGAAAAAAAAAAAGGCAAAAGAAACAAUGUUUUGUUCAACCAAAUCACUCAGCGCAAAGGCUUUUGUAGCCCAGGAAGAAAGUUUGACCAUGAAGAUACAAAUGUUGCAUUCGCUGGCUUAAAAAAAACUACAAAAUUGGAAAAGGCGGCGUAA